AUGAAAGACACGCAGCUUCAGUCGCUGGAGAAGGAGCUUCAGGGAUCUGAUGAAGACUUGACAAUUUUCGGUGACUCUGAACUUGCAGAGUCGUUUGAUGCGGACAUCCUUGCCACAAUGGGAUAUAAACAGGAACUUGAACGUCGUUACUCCUCUCUUCAGAUCUUUUCGAUUGCAUUUAGCAUCAUGGGCCUUUUGCCAUCAAUCGCAGCCACAUUACCUCUCUCACUCCCUGCUGGGCCUGUGGGUAUGGUUUGGUCUGACCUUGCAUCAUCGCUCCCCACAUCUGGUGGUUUAUACUGGUGGACGCACUAUUUCGCACCGGAGAAGUUUAGAAGACCAUUGAGCUUUCUCGUCGGAUAUAGCAAUGCGAUUGGACUUAUUGGGGGAACAUGUUCAGUCGACUAUGGAUUCGCUCUGAUGCUCUUGUCUAUCCCCUCCAUUGUCUCCGAUGGUAAAUGGACCGCCUCUGCACCCGUAGUAUAUGGGGUUUUUGCAGGAUGUGUAAUCGCCCAUGCAAUUGUGGCUACCUUUGCUUCCAAAUACAUGAACAAGAUUCAAAUGGCUGUCAUUGUGGGUAAUGUCACAAUGGCCAUAGCUACAAUAGUUGCAUUGCCAGUUGGUAAAUCCAGAUCCGCAAAAGGGUUGAACUCUGCAAGCUAUGUCUUUACCCACCAGGAAAAUCAUACAGCGUGGCCAGCCGGCUGGGCCUUCAUGCUUGCUUGGUUAUCUCCGAUCUGGACCAUUGGGGGUAUCGAUUCAUGUGUUCAUAUGAGUGAAGAGGCGAAGAAUGCCUCAAAAGCGGUUCCUCGAGGCAUUCUGGGAUCCAUUUCUGGAUGCUGGCUCUUGGGGUUCAUCACGGUUUGCGUGAUUGCCCUUUCAAUGGAUCCAAACGUCGAAGCUUUGAUACGCAGUCCUUUGGGGCAGCCGAUGGCUCAGAUCUAUUAUGAUGCUCUAGGAAAGAGCGGGGCUGUCGGCUUCAUGGUGUUCAUGGCGUGUCUUCAGUACUGCAUGGGUUUGAGCUUGCUUGUCGCUGCGUCACGGCAAAGUUGGGCGUUCUCCCGAGACGGCGGACUUCCCUUUUCCAGCUUCUUCAGAGUGCUUGGGACGCGAAUUCAUUAUCGCUCCCAGCCAAUACGAACAGUCUGGGGCUGCGCAUUCUCAGCGAUGAUCCUCGGCCUCAUUUGUUUAGUCAACACUACCGCUGCCAAAGCCCUGUUUUCGUUAGGUCCUUCAGGAAAUGCUGUGGCAUGGGCUAUACCUAUUUUCUCCCGCAUUGUUUGGGGAAAACAUAAAUUCAAGCCCGGUUCGUUUUAUACGGGGGAACUUUACAGCAGGCCAAUUGCAAUUGUGGCACUUCUAUACCUGAUAUUUGAAAUUUCACUCUGCAUGUUCCCCUUACGAGGACCAUCUCCGACCCCAAAAUUGAUGAAUUACACUGUCGCUGUCAAUGGAACGGUUUGGGGAAGUUGCCUGUUGUAUUAUUUCCUCUCCGCGAGGAAAUGGUUUACUGGGCCAAAAACAACUUGGAAUAAAGAAGCUCAUCAUCCGCAGGAAUAA